CGCGUCGUCCAACACCAAGACUGACACCGACACCGACGAGGCGACUGGGACGCAAGAUGCUGGCCGAGCUGCUGCUGGUCAUGGCUGGCCAUGCCUCCUCUUUCUUCGUCGUCGCUGAUCGGCCCAGCUCCUCGACUUCGAAACGCGUGCCGUGGUCCUGGACCCUGCGUCUCGUCGACGGCAGCCAUGCCUUGAGUCAGCUUCACCCGGGCGAACGCGCCAGCCUCGAAGCGCUGGCCAAUUUGGCGGCCAAACACCUCCGAGUGCAACUCUUUGCCAAAUUAAUCCUCGUUCGUGCUCGCUCUCAGGCGCUCUCGUCGAGUAGCAGUAGUAGUAGCAGCAAGAAGAGGCAGAAGGCUGCGAUGGAGCAUCGCCAUCAGAGUGCCCUCUUUGCGCCCAUGGCUUCGUGCCUGCUGCGCCUCUUGAAGGGCUACGAGCAGCUGGUCAUUGACACCGAAAGCGAUAUACUUCUGCGCAAAGAGGACAUAGUCGACGGGGAUGACUCAUUCGUGAGCCUGGCAAGCGUUCGCGCCCGAUUCGAGGAAUGGCAGGCGCCCUUGUCUGCGCUCGAUGCACUCGUGUCGGCUAUCCUCGCCGGUCCUGAGUCAGACGUCUUCGUCGACGCCCAAACAUUCGACCAGACAGUACACUCGCCACCUAAGCCCCCAACGUGUCCUUCUUGGCCCUCGGGAAAAUUGUUAGAUCUCGUCGGCCUUCGCGCAGACACCGGCGUUGGCAGGGUGCGAGCGUGCAUGUUGGCCCUCGUCUGCUCCAUCGAGGAUGCCUGGCGCGGCGCACUGGUGGCAUGGAUGUGCUACGGAGACGCACAAGAAUCGAGCACGUUUGGCAUCGGCAGCGACCCUCUUGUGGAGUGGGUGGGCAACAGUGACGAGGCUGGGGGUCGGGAAUGGUUGGCCAUGUCGACCUCGUCCGAUGUCCUACCUUCCCUGGCGACGACGGGCGACGACGAUGACGACGAGAUGCUGAAAGGAUCGGGACUGACAGGCUGGCGAUUCGUGAAGGAUGCGCUUCCCUCGUCGAUUACGGACGACGCCGCCACGGCCGAGGCAAUCCUCUACGUGGGCCGAGCCCUUCACACCGUCAAGAAUCGCUCUGCCUCCCACCUGCCCAACUCCGGCCCUCGAAUGCUUCCCGAAACACUGACGAGCUCGCACGUUGCUCUGCUUCGGUCGGACCAGGCUAGGCCAUCGACACGGCCGAUGGACUUCAGGCGAGCGGUGGCGCGGAUUCGCGAAGAUGUGGGUGAAUGGAUGUGGCGCAAUGUCCUCACGCCUGAAGUCGUCCUGGGCGCAUUUGAUGCUCUGGGCGAUUACUUUCUCCAUCGCAAGGGCCUGUAUGCUACGUCGUUACUACAAGAGCUUUCCAAGCUCCGCUACGCGAAGCUCGUUGGCACUCGAACAGCGGCAGCGGGGACCAUCAAGACGGCUGACAUCGAGGUUGCUCUGCAACGAGCCAGCGUGGGCACCGAGGCCGAGGAUGACAGCCACCUGGAGCUGUGCCAGGUCAUCAUGCCCCCACGACACACCGGCAACGUCAACGAGUGGAAGCCAACGAAGCUUCAAGGUGCAAUUUCACCAAAAAAUUCUGUGCGAUUCGAUGAUAUCGCACUUGGGGUGCCCUUCACACUUCGCUACAGUGCUCCAUUCCCUCUCGACCUCAUUCUGUCACCUCCAGAGCUGCGAGCUUACUCCGAUCUCUUCUCCUACCUUCUCGCCCUGCACGCAACCCAGGCCCGCCUUCGAGACUGCUGGAUGAACCUGAGCAAAGCGCAACGGAGCAGACGGCGAUUCACAGGUACAGGAGAAGGAGGUGUGAGCCAGAGAGAGGAACGGGAGCGUACGAAACUCCUUCGCAUGGCUUGGGGUGCUGCAAGAGAGGGCCUCUGGUUCUUGGAAGCGCUCGGCGGACACUUUCAGACGGACAUCAUCGAAGUUCAGUACACGCGCUUCUUGGACCAGCUGCAGAGCCUCCGACCGGCAUCGCAGCAAGGCUCUCGCCACGAGAGAGACGGCAGCGGAGACUCGUUGCCGAGCCGCUCAAGGGUGCCAUCAACCACGACGCGCAAGUCUGCGGCAGCUUCGACGACGGCAGCAGCAGCAUCUGCAGCGGCGAUAGCGAGGGCUCGAAAGGAGUCAGGAGGCUCCAGCGUACGUGCUCCCGCUCGUCAUCCCUUCCCUUCGUCGUCUGUCACCGGAGGUCCGCCAUCCGUCUCCCUCUGGCAACAAGCGCGCAGCGUCAAUCCAGCUGCCAGCACCGUCGGAGGAACGGCGAAUUUGCGACGGGUGGGAGGUGCGCCGACGUCAACGAGCAUAGCGGCUGCACCAGGCGAAGGCGGGAGCGGAGCCAUCAUCAAUAACAGCGGUCUCGACUUUGUGACUUCACGAUCGACACAUCAGGCUUUUCUGUCGUUUGUCCUCGAUGGCCUGCUCCUCACCAGCAGAGAGGCUUCGGCGUGCGUGCGAAGAAUCCUGCAGACCUGUCUGCGAUUUGCCGCGCUCGUCGAUCGCUGGGGAGGUGACGUGUUGCCGGAUCUGUUGAGUGAGGGAAGCGUCCUCGGUGGGGCGUCUCAAGAGGGGGGAGAAUCGCACGUCGACGAGGUCAGCGCAACGCUAAGGGAGAGGAGCAGAUUGAUUGCUGAAGUGGCCGAGGCGCUGAGGAUGCACCUCGACGAGUUCUUUGCUCUGCUGUCAAACGCGUCCUCGACGCCGUCUUUGGCGUUGCAGAAGGACGGCGCAGGAGCGCCCUCUCCUGCUCGUCACAGCACCAUUGACGCCACCCCAGCGAAGAAGCAAGCGGGAGGAACGGCGUUGGCGGCGGCGACCACCUCGGCCGCCGCGGCCCGUCUCGACGCGGACAGCGCCGCACGGCGUCACUUGGAGCAGCUCCUGUUGAGGCUUGAUUGGAACGGCUACCUCUCAGCCAGGGCCUCACACCCGUGAAGUGGAUGCUUCUGAGCAGACCAGAUCGAGCGAUUGUCGACUAAUCAACCAUUCAUAGGAGUACAACAAAUAGCUAUCAACUUAGUUGCGUAUGAGGUGCUUGAGCGCAUACAUGCAUGGGCCAUACUAGCAUGCGAGAC